GUCAGCACCGUGUUGAUUUGCUGAGGCGAGAGAAGAAAGGAGUUAGUGCGUGUUGAGAGAGCGGGUACUGCGAACUGCCUUACUAUGCUGUAGCCCCAACCCCCGUGCACUUCACGGAGUCAAAACGUGCAACUUAGCGCUCUGCUCGCUGCGCUUGUCCUCGCUCAACCUUUUGCGCUGAAGUUGCCAGCGGACGCCAGUCCGGCUCAGCCAAGUUGAGGAGUUCUGGCUUUGGAACAAGUGUGUACCUGAUUGCGCUGCAAGGUAAUACUUGUUUACAAAGAGGGCCAAAAGCUCUCCUGAACGGGGGAAGGCAAGCCUCAUGAGUCGGCCUCGUGGAUUUCAUCGACAAAAUGGAUUUAACUAAAAUGGGUAUGAUCCAGCUCCAGAACCCCAACCAUCCCACCGCUCUGCUGCAGAAGGCCAACCAGAUGCGUCUGGCUGGGACUCUUUGCGAUGUUGUCAUCAUGGUGGACAGCCAAGAGUUUCAUGCUCACCGGACUGUGCUAGCCUGCACCAGCAAAAUGUUUGAAAUCCUCUUCCAUCGCAGCAGCCAGCAUUACACCCUGGACUUUCUUUCACCAAAGACUUUUCAGCAGAUUUUGGAGUAUGCUUACACUGCCACACUCCAGGCCAAGGUUGAGGACUUGGAUGAUCUCCUUUAUGCAGCAGAGAUCCUGGAAAUUGAGUAUUUGGAAGAACAAUGCCUCAAGAUCCUGGAAACCAUUCAGUCCUCGGAUGAAAACGACGUUGAGGUCAGCGCUAACGACGGCAGCACAGAGGAGGAUGAAGAACGUAAAGGCCAGAAUGGAGCCAAGAUCUCUAAAAAACAUUCCAUGGAGAGCUCCUAUUUGUCAGGUACCCAACAAUCUUCCAAAAUGUCUGGUGUAGUAGACCAGAGUCCCUCCGUCUCUACUUCCUUUAACGUCUCCAACCUGAGUCCCACCAAAGCUGCAGUGGACAGCCUGAUGAGCAUUGGCCAGUCUCUGCUGCAGCAAGGCUUUGGUGGUGAGCAGCUAAUCCACGCUAACUCUCAUCACCUAAUGUCUGAGAUCAAGACUGAAAACAUGCAGGUAGACAUGAGUGGAAACGGCCACGAAAGCCCUCAAAACAUGGAGUCCAGUGCCUCCAGCAAUGGAGACCGGAGCGGAGAAGACCGGAACCGAGAUGGUCCUGGAACCCCAACCAGAAGCAGUGUGAUCACCAGCGCCCGGGAACUGCACUACGUCCGCGACGAAAACAUGGUCGACCACCAAGCUGAAGUCAGUCAGAUGGGUCUGGAGGCAAUGGCGGGAAUGACAGAGAAACAUCUCGCCUCGCUAUACUCCCUCCCUGUUAAUCACAAAUCAGACGCCAUGAUGUCCAUGCCGGUGUCCAUGGCCUCCGCCCUCCCCAUGUCUCCAGCUCUGGCUAUGUCUAUGGACUUCAGCACCUAUGGGGGGCUUCUGCCACAGAGCUUCAUCCAGAGAGAAUUCUUCAGUAAGCUGGGUGAGCUGGCAGUGGGCAUGAAGCCGGAUGGCAGGAACCAGCAUGAACGGUGCAACGUUUGCGGUGCAGAGCUGCCAGAUAAUGAAGCUGUAGAGCAGCACAGAAAGAUGCACAGUGGAAUGAAGACCUACAGCUGUGAGCUUUGUGGGAAGAGCUUUCUGGACAGCCUUCGUCUACGGAUGCAUUUGCUCUCUCAUUCAGCCGGAGAGAAGGCCAUCGUCUGUGACCAGUGUGGUGCCCAGUUCCAGACUGAGGAAUCCCUGGAGGCUCACCGGCAGAUCCACACUGGAUCUGACAUGGCCAUCUUUUGCCUUCUUUGUGGGAAGCGUUUCCAGACCCAGACAGCACUGCAGCAGCACAUGGAGGUGCAUGCCGGCGUUCGUAGCUACAUCUGCAGCGAAUGCAACCGGACGUUCCCCAGCCAUACUGCACUCAAACGUCACCUCCGCUCUCACACCGCAGGGGACCACCCGUUCGAGUGUGAAUUCUGCGGGAGCUGCUUCCGGGACGAGAGUACACUGAAGGGCCACAAGCGCAUCCACACCGGGGAGAAGCCCUAUGAAUGUAACGGCUGUGGGAAGAAGUUCAGCCUAAAACACCAGCUGGAAACCCACUACCGUGUGCACACAGGUGAGAAGCCAUUCGAGUGCAAGCUGUGCCACCAGCGAUCCAGGGACUACUCGGCCAUGAUCAAGCACCUGCGCACCCAUAACGGCGCCUCGCCCUAUCAAUGCACCAUCUGCCUGGAGUACUGCCCCAGCCUGUCAGCCAUGCAGAAGCACAUGAAAGGUCACAAGCCUGAAGAUAUCCCCCCAGACUGGCGCAUAGAGAAGACCUACCUGUACCUCUGCUACGUCUGAUACGGGAUCGGGGUGAAAGGAGCGAGGAGGGAGGGAAUGGGGGUAGAGAGGUAAGGGGGAAUGUAACAGAGCAGGUAGGAGGUCCUGAAGAGUAAGGAAUGUUAACUAGAAGAUGCGUGAAAAAAGGAGGGCUUGUGUUUUUUGUUUUGUUUAGGGGUUUUUUUACAUGUAAAGGUGGUGAUGGGGAGCUGGGUAUAGGGGCAAAGACCAGGGAGGGGCUAAGAGACUUGAAUGUGGAGUUGUUCUCCGCUAUGUGUCGGAUUCACCGGGUCAUUCACUACACCUGGAACUGUGUUACUGGUUCAGGUCAUUUCUUGCAAAAACACAAAGCAAGUAGGCUACAAAGAAGUGACUCUAUGGGUGCCGCACUGAUAAGAAAGCUGAUUCUCGAGGGCUGUCUGCCUGCACAUCCUUCCCUUAGUUCCUUUUUCUUUUUCUGAUGCACCUAAUUUGUAAAAGAAAAAAAUACGACCCCAGAUUUUCAAAGAUUUGAAUCGUCUAUUAUUGUCCUUGAUUUUUGUUUCCUUUCCCAUGCCUAGAAUUUGAAAGUUUUUUGUGUCCAUUCCCGAAUCCCUCCAGAAGCGAUGGCGGCUCUGAGACAGCCCCUGAGAAUCAGUACGAGAGCCUGCAGGCUUAUGCAGUAGAUGAACCGGACGUGUGGGACUAUUAAAAAUGCUGCAAACCAAGCACUCAUUUGGUUAUGAGCAGGGAAGACGCUCUCGCUGCUUCCCCCAGGAGGUCUCCCCAGUUUCUUCAUCAGUCUUCCUGGGUCUGCAUCUCUUUUUCGAGUGCGGGUUAAAGACGCUCGAGUCACCACUGGCCUCUCAGGGCCAACGACUUUUAUGUCAUUUUUUUUUUUUUUUUUUUUUGUUUAGCUCUGCAUCAUAGUUUAUCAUGGCUUGAUUGCACAGGUAAAGCAAACUACGACAACAGUCUCUGUUCGACGUCAGCAAAGUGUAUAAACCCUUCGAUGAAAUAUAACUCGCUAUCAUAAUAUCGCACAAUAAAAACCCAGACAUAUUCAGCAAAUGAUAACUGGAAUGCUUUUACCCAUGCGCAUUUAUCCCGAUGUAUCUCACACUAACAAUAUCCGACAUAAACUGACUCAUAACAGUAACGCUUUGACUGCCAACGAUCUGUCAACUCACCACGGUCGGGGGAAAUUAAUCAUAAGGGGAGAAGGGUUGUCGUCUGCAUGAGUCCUGUGACUCUGACUGUUUGUAGUGAAUGUGGAGGAAGUGUUGAGGAUGCCUUAGCUGCACAAACUCUGACAUUUGUCAGUUUUAAGGACUUGAUAUGGCAAAAAUCCUGAAUGUGAACGUCUGAAAGCAAGGUGCGCAUAAGGCUCUGUGGAAAUGCAGGUUUAUUCUGUCUGUUUCGUGUCAGAAACCUAAAAUUGCCACUUUUAGACUUUUUUUGUUUGUACUUUUUUUGCCUAGAAGUCAUAAAGACAGGAAACCGGAAGCAUCUUUACCAUUUGAAAUGUGCCCUUCUGCUCAGUCCUUCAAGGGAAAAGAUUGCUGAAAUAGUCACGGUUGACAUCUCCCAACUUUCUGCCGUUUUUAAACUGUGGCAUGUCCAGUCACACGAGUGAUUGUCAUGACAUCUUCUUGGGAAUUACAUAUCCAAAUGGCAGGUGUGGAGGGGGAGAUCAGAAAUCACUGAUUGAAUGAGACACGGCCAGGCAGUGAAAGAAAUGACAGAGUAAAUGGGCUCUUUCUGUGGUUCCAUCUGUGCGCUUUGUCCCUCUUUGUCUCUUAUUGUGUUUCUUUUUUAUUGACCUUGAGUUUGGGCUCAACACGUUGUACUUGAAUUACCUCUCGCUCUUUUUUUUUUUCAUGUGACCUCAUGUUUCUUGUGUAUUUUAUAAUUUUUCCCUUGUGUUUGGCGUGUAUAUUUUGUUUUGGUUGAUGCGUGUCAGAGAAUGCGUCGCAAAAAAUGUGAUAAGGUGGAGAGGUCUGCAGAGAAAUUAAGUGCCACAGAGAAGAGAUUCUGUUUCUUUUUUUUUUAUUUUAUGUUUUCUUUGUUACCAAACCUGGUAUUAUUAAUUCUGUUUAAGGAGCCGGAUGGUUCAUUUGUUAUAAAAGCUACCUCUAAGUUGUUUUCACAUUAGUAUUAUUUUUUUUUUUUUUGCAAAAAAGAAGACAAAAAACAUUUUUUUGUCGUGUUUUUGUUCUGCAUUAUUUGUCAAAGCUAGUUCAUCUCACGCUUUCUUUCAAGUUGAUUUAUGAUUGUCUCUGUUUUCAAGUAAAGUAUAUUAAAGGGUAAAGCAGAUGUGGGGCAGGAUGAGAAAAGUCAUUCGAAUGGAUGUUUAUUCUUCUCUAACGUUCUCCCCUGCGCCUCCGACAACAGGAGAGCAGAGAAAAAAUUUUUUUUGAAGCCUUAAAGUGACGAGUAGGACAGAAGAGUUGUGUUACUUUUUGAGAGUGUUUAAAAACAAGAAUUUAAACUUGAACAUAUGUGAAUAGAGUUGUAGUUUUGUAAUGUGAAAUAAUGAGAAAAAAAACCCCAACAUACUGAUCAUGACGUUAGUUGAAAACGCUGCAGCGCACAGGGCAGGUCAUAUUUGAAGCAGAGCGCGUUGGACAAUUUGGAAGUGCAAAGCGUAAUCGAAAAAAACAAGAAAAGAUUAAAAAACCAGAAGGUUAAAAAUAGAGCUUCUCCCUUUGAUAGAAGCAAGAGUGUUUGUUUCUGAACAAGAGCCAACAGAGGCAAUUUGAUAUAUGAAAAAAAAUUGUGAUAUUUUUGUAUUCCGUGUCGGUCCUUUUUUCCAUUUUUGUGGAGGGUUAAAGCAGGGCACAAAUAAUAUUUGUAUUUCUUUCUUUUUUUUACAGUUUUUUUCCCUCUUUCUGGGUGUGAAUCAUUUUUGCCUUGCUCCUCUUUGAUAUUGUUGGACAAAAACAAAACAACAACAAAAAAAAAACGGUGUGAACAUGUUGUAAUAAGUGUCGCUUUCUGGAUGUCAGUUGCAUUGUCGGUGAAGGACUAAAUCUAUCCACCACCAGUUUUACGAGUGUGUGUAAAAGUUACGGUUAAAAAAAAAUAAAAGAAACAAGACGAUACAAAAAGAGAAAAAAAAAAAAUAUCGGAACGGUAGACAGGGGGCGC